AUGUCUGUAGACGAGCAUACUUAUGCCCCAUAUGUGAAGCUUGCUGGUGGUGGCAUCUUGAUCUUCGUAGCUCUGAUAUUUGUCCGUCGACGCUGGUUCUCAUCAAUCAGCGAUAUCCCAGGACCAUUCCUCGGCUCGUUUUCUGUCUUAUGGCAAAUUGUGCAUGCUCUCAAAGGUCACACGGAAGAAGAAACAAUUGCCGAACAUAGGAAACAUGGUGACUUCGUCCGCAUUGGAUACAACGAAGUCAGCAUAGGUCAUCCAGAUGCCAUUAAUGAAGUGCUCAAAAGUCAGAUGAACAAGGGAGAUUGGUACAGAAUAUUCUCUCUGCCUGAUUCUCGAUAUGUCAAUCAAAUGUCCGAAGUAGAUGCAAAACGCCAUAUCACAAAGACUAAGAAUGUCGCUCCUGGAUAUGCAUUCUCGAACGUUAUCAAAGCCGAGCCCUACGUCGACGGUGCGCUUCAGGUUUUCGAGAGACAGCUCGACACCCUCUCAGAAGCACACCAGCCAGUGAACUUCGACGAGUGGUUCAACUACCUUGGCUUCGACAUCAUGGGAGAAGUGACCUUCUCCAAGCAAUUCGGUUUCCUUGAACAAGGUCGUGAUAUUGGAAACGCCAUUGCGAACACUCGUGCUCUUGGCAUAUAUGUCGCAAUAAUGGGCCAUUUCUGGUGGGCGCAUGAUUAUCUCCUGGCAAACCCGCUGAUCGGAUAUCUUAACUUGCAGCCCACUAUGCAUAUUUUCGACACUGCGCUUGCAGCGGUUGAUGCUCGGUCUAAAAACGACAAAGUCCGCAAAGACAUGAUUGAAGAGUGGAUAACUAUGCGCAAGAAACAUCCAGAUCGCAUGGAAGAGAAAGAGAUCUUAGCAGCGGCAGUGGCGAAUAUCGGUGCUGGUGCCGAUACUGUCAGUGCUACUCUGCAAGCUUUGUUUUAUAACUUAUUGAGAAAUGAAGACACGCUGAAGCAGUUGAGGGAGGAAAUUGAUACUGCUAACUUGGCGGAGGUCCCAACGCACGAAGAGACGCAGAAAUUGCUUUUCCUGCAAGCUUGCAUAAAAGAGGCUCUUCGUAUCCAUACGCCAGUAGCAUUUGGUCUUCCUCGCGUUGCACCGAAAGGUGGUGUAACCGUACUCGGUCGCCACUUCGAUGAAGGUGUUAUACUCAGCGUCAAUCCCUGGGUGAUACACCGACGUCGCGAGAUCUUUGGAGAGGAUGCAGAUUUGUUCUCACCAACUCGGUGGAUGGAUCCCAUCCGGUCUCGUGAGAUGGAGAAGAGUUUGAUUGCGUUUGGAGCUGGAUAUGGUCAAUGUCCUGGGCGACACUUGGCUCAAAUGGAGUUAUCGAAGACGACGGCAAUGUUGGUGAGAGAUUAUGAGAUAAGGCAGGUGCACAAGGGUGAAUGUUGGAAGUUUGAGACUCAUUUUACAGCUGUGCCGUAUGGCUGGCCAUGCUAUGUAACGAGGCGUCGCAAGCCUUGA